AUGGACUUCCAUCUGAAGCAAUGGAGAAACCAGCACGAGGAGUCAGAGCAACAACCUUAUGCAAAGAUGCCGAAACUCCUCAUGGAUCCCCAUCAACCACAGCAACAUCCAUACCCAUCUGAGUUUGCUGCCCUCCCUUUGUUUGUACCUGAGCCCAGCAGCAAAAUCAGUAACCUGCCAGCAUUUCCUGAUUCAAACACAGCUGCGAGCACCAGACUUUCUAAGAUCAGGGGGAGUCACUUUAGCUUGGAACAGUGGCAGGAGCUAGAGCUGCAGGCUUUGAUCUACAGAUUCAUGUUAGUUGGUGCUGCUGUUCCUCCUGAGCUUCUCCAACCAAUCAAGAAAAGCCUUCUUCACUCUCACUCUCCUCCAUAUUUCCUCCACCACCCUCAUCAAGUACCUUACCCUUAUCAUCAGCCAUCUUGGUAUUGUGGAAAAACAGCCAUGGAUCCGGAGCCAGGUAGGUGCCGGAGAACAGAUGGGAAGAAAUGGCGGUGCUCCAGAGACGUGGUGGCAGGGCACAAGUAUUGCGAGCGGCACGUGCACCGUGGCCGCAACCGUUCAAGAAAGCCUGUGGAAAAUCCCACACCUACAAUAUCCACUAACAUGAUAAGUUGUAAUGGUAUUGGAGGUGCGGGUGGUACUGCAUCAGCUGUUGCUUUCAAUUGCAGUACCAUAUCAAGAUCAGAGAUGGUGGCCAAUGGGACUCGUUUUUCUGAUUCACCAGAACCACCUUCCAUUCUUCUCAAUCACAGCUCCAAAACUGAAAGCAAGCGCUUAGUCGGACCACAACCUUCAAAUGAGGCUGGUAACAGAUCUGAUGGCCACAUUCUGAGGCAUUUUUUUGACGACUGGCCGCGGCCCGUUGAGGAAUCAGGCAAUAUUAAUGCUGGAAGCUCAAUGAACUCUGUAACCAGCCUCUCCAUUUCAAUGCCUGGAAACUCAUCAUCAGACGUGUCGUUGAAAUUGUCCACUGGGAAUAACAUUGCAGAAGAGGAGCCGGAGCCAGUCCCAGUCCCAAGAAGCAAUGCAAGCAAUUGGGCAGCUGCAGGUGCAGGAUGGGGCACAAAUAUUACAAACCAGGUGGUGGCUUCAAUGGGGGGACCUCUUGCUGAGGCGCUGAGAUCCUCCGCUACCAACUCAUCUCCCACGAUUGUUCUACAUCACUCAUCUCGCCCCAUUAUUUCUGAAAACUAG